CGACGGGCGCAGCGCUGCCAGUCAGUCCUCAGACACUGCUUCGAGCGGUUCAAUUUGCAGCUCGCUCCCCGCUGAGGUCACAUGUGUCGCGUUUGACGAAGGGCCCGACCUAUCCUCCCAGACGCCGCUGCUGCUCUCCUCCUCCUCCCCGAGGGAGACGACCGCUGCUGCCAGCUGCCGCUUGUGCUGAUGCAGCUGCUGUUGCGUCCUCCCGCCCUUCGCAUCAAAGGAUAUAAUUUAUUAUUUUGAAAAAAAAAAAAUCUCCCGCCGGGGGAUUCGAUAUUCCGACUGAAAGCGAUUUCUUCCUUCGGCGUGUCGAAGACUUCUUGAGUCCCCAGAGAGAGAGAGAGAGAGAGAGACGUCCACGCCCUCUCCCGCCGCCCACCACCACCUGCCUCUUCUUCUCUCUCUUUUCUCCCUCCCUCUCGCCGCCCUUCGGUCUCGCCAUGAAGGUCGAGCGAGCAAACUCCGUCUGUUCCGACGACGCCCCGUCCUCGCCGGACUCGCUUAUGUCAACGGGCGAGUCCUCGCCCCUGGCGUCCCCUCAGCCCUCCCCGGCGCCCCUCACCGACCCCUACGACGACCAGCGCCUCUACUCCCCCGCCUACACCGCCCACAGCCCCGCCUACAGCAUCUCGAGCACCUCCUCCAGCAGUAGCAGCAGUAGUAGUAGCAGUAGCAGCGCGGGCGGAGGAGGUGGGGUAGGCGGCGGCGGUGCGUCUCCCGCCUACAGCAGCUGCAGCAGCAGCAGCAGCUGCCCGGAGAGCCCCGGGUACCAGCGGCCUCCGUCGUCGCCCUCCCCCCACCACCACCACUUCGGCUUCCAGUUCCCGCCGGCGGCUGUGGACUCUGGGUACUCGUCGGGGGCGGAGUUCGGGUGCCAGGCGGAGUUCGCGCAGGCGGUGCGCGAGGGCAACCCUCGGGAGCUGAAGCGCAUCCUGACGAGGUACUCUCAGCUGGUGCAGAUCAAUGGCUUCACCUCCGACGGGCAGACUGCCCUGACGCAGUCCUGCCUCGACGGGAACCUGGAGGUGAUCAAGGUGCUGGUGGCCCACGGCGCGUCGCUCCACCUCACCAAUCGGGACGGGUUCUCGCCCCUGCACCUGGCCUGCUGGAGGGGCAAGUACGACGUCAUGCAGUACCUGCUGAGGUCUGCUGCGGCGUCGGCUUCGGCGCCCACCGGCAAGAGGUAGUAGUGUCGUCGUCGUGUCGUCUCGUCUCUGGGCGGCCUAUAGGCGUCUCCUCCGAAAGAAGUUACAAUAAUUAUUAUAAUAACCCGUCCGUCGGCGGUCGGUUGUGAUAUUAGGAGUAUAACUUAUACAUACAUACAUACACAUAUAUAUAAAUAUAUAUAUAUAUAUAUAAACGAAUGAAUCAAUUCGUGUGUGUGAAAAGAAACAGACGAAGGUUGGAAAUGACGAGAAAGAAUACUACAUAAAUCAGUGCCAUGCCCUUAGCACUAUACGGCUCCCUUUGUGCUCGCCCUGUGCAAUAAUACAUAAUAAUCCAUAACGAAACUACUCUUUAUUAUGAUAAUUAUUAUUUUAGUAAUAUUAUAAUGGUGUCUUGGAAGUGCGUCUCUCUCGGCCAAGAGAUUAUAGAGGAGGAGGUUCGAAGUGUCCCCUUGCUCUACCACCCCUACCCAUCCCCCUCCCCACAAGGACGAUAUGUUAACAAUUAUAAUAUUAAUAAUGACGUCCUUCUAAGGGCCAUAAUCCUCAUGUAAGUCUGUGAUGUCUUAUUAACCCUCUCUCUCCCCCUCCCUCUUUCCUGCCCUUAUCCUCCUCAUAAGCCCCAGCCUCCCUACUACAGUACUACUACUACGACUACUACUACAGUUAAUCUACGUAGAGCUCCGCUACAACGGCUCUCCUUAUAAACAGAAUUUGUAAAGCGGGUCCAUGGCUAACAAUUAUGAACUGACAUUUGGAACUGGGCCUAUGGACUACCUCGGUCCCUGUACGGCUGUGUGGAACCAGGCAUAAAGUCCCUGUAUGGCCAUGUGGAACGGGGCCUGUAGACUACCUAGGUCCCCGUAUGGGUAUGUGGAACUAAGCCUAUAUAUUAUCCAAGUCCCUGCAUGGCUAUGUGGAACUAGGCAUAUAGACUACCUAGGUCCCCUGUGUGGCUAUGUGGAAGCAGGCCUAUGGACGAUCUUAUUAGGCCAGUCAUCAGACUGUGGACAUAAAUGUUUGUUGGUGUUGUAGAGUGGAAGAACAACUUAAAACAGGCUUUGGGUAAGUUGCAAGCAAGAAAGCAAGUGCUUGUACAAAGUAAAACUGAGAAAAAAAAAAAAAGUGUCGACGAGGCGUAAGAUUUGAGACGAGACUGUGUUAUGUUAUGUUAGCUCACUCCCCAAGUUACCUCAUCUCUAAUAUUAAAAAGAUAUCAUAUUUAUUUGAGUUUUCGUCAGGGAGUUCGUCGGAAUCGUCGCUUGCAUACUAAACUCCUUCUUUUUCUUCCCACUCCACGUACUCCCAUAAUGCCCCACCAACAGGAGCGAGAGGGCGUCGUCCAAUGCUAAAAGGAAAACAGACGAAAAACUGUGCAAUAUUCUCUCUCUCUCUCUCUCUCUCUCCCUCUCUCUCGCCUUCCCCCCAUCUGCCCAGUGGUGUUCGAUGUCGUAAAUUAUAUAUAGAAAAUAUAUAAAUAUAUAUAUAAUGUAAAUUAUAUAUACGUCUAACGCUUCUACGUUUAUCGUCUAUUGAAUUCUUGAAACCGAAUGCAUAGUUUUUAAACUACGUUUUUGUGUUUGAGUGUUCAAUCAUUUUCUUCUUUCUACCUUUUUUAUCAAAGAGGAAAGCUGCUGUUGCCUUCAGACAUACAUACACACCUGUAUAAGCCACCAUCAAACGCCCCUAACCCGCCCCCUCCCCUUCCCUCCAGCAAGGUAUGCGGGUUCCACACCUGUAAGGGGGUUGGGGGGGUGGCUGCAGUCAUUAGCAACAGCACCACCAGCAGGAAAGACUCUUUUGUCUUCUAUAGUUCAGGAAUGACAUUUUUAACAUCUGCAUGUUCCUAUACGGCCGUGUGGAACUAUAUAGGCCUACUGAGUUCCUGUAUGGCGAUGUGGAACUAGGCCAAUGAACUAUCUUUUGGAGUUUUUGGUCUUACGUUUUCACUCCCAGAUGUCGAAGAAGAAGAAGAAGAAGAAGACAGAACAAGCAGAAGAAGAGGGGAAGUGUGCGAAAAGAAAAAUAGAAGAGAGCUUGAAGCGUUCUUUUUAUAGCCAGUGAAGAUAAUGCUAUUUUAAACACCAUUCCAUUCUUGUAAAUAUGUUUGAAAAGGAAACGAAAAACAUUUUGCAAAGUUUUUUUUUUUUAAGUAUUUAACAGUUUUUGCAGCCUCUGUGGUGAAUGAGGGACUCACAAGGCCAGUGGGAAAUGAGUAAAAUGAGCUUUUUCUCCAGAAAAAGACAAAAACACUGACUAGAAAACAAAUGGAAAAAAGUGCCGGAGUUCACACGAGAUUGUGUAGCCAUGACGCGAUUGGAGACUAUGUAAUUAUUAUUAUUAUUAUUGUGUCUACCUCGUCGUAGUUACAUACGACGAUUCCCUCAUUAUUAAAAAAAAAAAGUGAUAUAUGUCAAUAUAUUUACUUUUUUUUCAACCGUGCCUUAUGAACUUGUAUAUGUUUUUUUAAUUGUUGUUAACUGUUGAAGAAAGGUGAUACCUUUUUUUAUUUUACAACUGUGUAAUUAUUUUUUUUGUUUUUUUGUUUUUAAUAUAAUCCACCUUUUUAUCUGGUGGAGAAUUUUGUAAUAUCAGUUUCCGAUUUAUCAUAUAUUUCUCAAUAUAGGAAUAUUUUUGUAA